AGGAAGGGGAUCAUUGAUUUCAUGUGAAAAGAAAAAAAAAAAAGUGAGGUGAUUUCAAGUUGUUUUAUAUAAUUUAUUUAUUAUUUGAAUAUAUAGUUUCAUCUCUUACUUUUAAAUCAUCAUAUAUUGUUGAUAGGGUGGGGAAAAAAAAAAAGCAUGAUUGAAAAUACUUAUGCGAAUUCAUAACCGUGAGAAGGCUAUUGAUGCUACUUUUUGGCAUUCUUUAGUUGAUAAAAAAUUAAAUAUUAUUCAAUUAUCUCAAGAACCUCAAACAUUACAAGCUUAUUAUUCUAUUGGAAAAAGAACAACUAAUGAUACUAUUUUACCUCCUCAAUUAUGUAUACCUGGUCAAGCACUUGAACAACAACAACAAAAAGAAAAUAGACCUUCUUUUACUAUACCCACUAAAGGAACAUUGAUUAAUACAAAUACAUUAGAACAAUUUCAAACUAUGGAUAAGAAAAUAUUAUUUGAUCAAACUGCGGAAAAGAUAUGGCAAUCAAUUCAAACUGGUAAAGAGAUAAGUGAUCCUUCUAUACUUACUUCUUUCUUAAUGGUCACAUUUGCUGAUUUAAAGAAAUACAAGUUUUAUUAUUGGUUUGCUUUUCCUGCCAUCAUUCCAUCAUCACCUUGGUUAGUAUCUAAUUUACAAUCUAUUGAUCAAAUUUUUACUCCACAUCAGAUAACAUCUUUAGCAACAUCAUAUCAUCGUCUUAAUCAACCACCUUUCUUUUUGAUUGAAACUCAAUCGGAUGAUACCCUACAACUUUAUCCUUUGAAUCAUUUAUCAACUUGUCUUCCGACAAUGAUGCUUACUUUGGGAUUUGCUGAUCCGUCUUGUUCCCCUUUGACACCUGGUUGGCCAUUACGAAAUCUAUUGGCUUGGGCACAUCAUACUUUUCCUGACUUGGUUCAUCGACCCUUUAGAAUUGUGUGUUACCGUGAAUCACUUUCCAAAUUAGAUGCUAUGCACUCUUUAGUUAUUCAUGCUGAAUUUCCUUCUCAAGCUACUUUUCCUCAACCAGUCAAAUCUGUUGGGUGGGAAAGAAACGUGCAAGGGAAACUUGGUCCAAGGAUGGCUGAUUUAAGUCCAUUGAUGGAUCCAACAAGAUUGGCUGAUACUUCAGUAGACUUAAAUUUGAAAUUAAUGCGAUGGAGAGUCAUGCCUAGUUUGAAUUUGGAUAAGAUCAAGCAAACGAAAUGUUUAUUACUUGGUGCUGGUACUCUCGGUUGUUAUGUAGCUCGAUCAUUAUUGGGUUGGGGUGUACGACAUAUUACAUUUGUGGACAAUGGUCGAGUUUCCUUUUCUAAUCCUGUUCGUCAACCCCUUUAUCGUUUUGAAGAUUGUUUGAAUGGAGGAUCACCUAAAGCCGAAGUAGCAGCAAAACAACUUUUGGAUAUAUUACCUACUAUGACAGCAAAAGGAUAUUCACUCUCGAUCCCCAUGCCUGGUCAUCCAACAACAUCCAUGACACUUGAACAAGAUUUAGAUGUAUUGAUGGCAUUAGUUCAAGAACAUGAUGUGAUUUUCUUAUUGACGGAUAGUCGUGAAAGUCGUUGGUUACCUUCUCUUUUAGGUGCAAGAAUGGAUAAAAUGGUCAUCAAUGCUGCUCUUGGAUUCGAUACUUAUUUAGUGAUGCGCCAUGGUCCAACUUCAAGUUCUUUAGGUUGUUAUUUUUGUAACGAUAUUGUAGCACCAACCGAUUCUCUAACGGAUCGUACCCUAGAUCAACAAUGCACCGUGACAAGGCCUGGACUUUCUGCUAUGGCUGCAGCUUUAGCCGUGGAACUGAUGGUAUCAUUAUUGCAACACAAAGACGGGAUCUAUGCAGAAGCUGAUACUGCAACAAGCCAAUCAUCUAGUAUAUUAGGAUUAGUACCUCAUCAAAUACGGGGAUUUUUAGCUCAGUUCAGCAAUAUGUUAAUUGUGGGACAAGGUUAUGAAAGAUGUACGGCAUGUUCGAAAAAGGUAUUGGAUGCUUUUGAUCAAGAUCCUUUGGCAUUGGUGAAGAAAGUCACCAAUGAUUCUCUUGUAUUGGAACAAAUUACUGGAUUGGAUGAAAUGAAAAAACAAAGUGAAGAUUUAAUGGAUCAAGAUUGGUUAUUAGAAGAAGAUGAUUUUUGAUCUUUGUUGGGGAUAAUAUAAUCGUUUUAUUUUUUUUUUUAUGUUGUCGUUAUUCUUUCUUUAUUUUUCUCACGUGUCUUUUUUAAUAAAAACGGAUAAUGUCGGUUUCUACCCUACAAUUGUUUAUUAUUAUUAUAUUUUGAUGUUUGUCCUACAUAAGUUUUGUUUUGUUGUUU